CGGUAACCGCGCAUGCGCCGCAGCCUGCAUUCCAUCAUGGCGGAGCCGUCCGACUUUCUCUCCUGCCGCGGCGAGGCUUCGUGGCGCCGAGCCUGAGGCGGCGGCUGGAGCGUCCUGCCCUCCCGGCGCUCGCCGCCUUCCUCCUCCGGUCCCCCCGCGCGGUAGCCGAUCUGAGAGAAACCAUUGAUGAUCGGUCCUUUCACUUAUGAUGGCAGACCAGCCACCUCCAUUAGAAGCCACACCUAUUUUGAAUGAAGUGCCACUUCUACCUCAUAUGGUCAAUGGGGACACUACACAACAGGUUAUUCUGGUGCAAGUAAACCCAGGAGAGACAUUCACAAUAAGAACUGAAGAUGGUCAUAUCCAGUGUAUUCAAGGUCCAGCACAUGUUCCUAUGAUGUCACCAAAUGGCUCUGUCCCUCCAAUAUUUGUGCCUCCUGGUUACGUCUCUCAGGUGGUUGAAGAGAAUGGAGUUCGGAAAGUCAUAGUUAUGCCACACUCGACUGAAUUUCACCCCUCCAUGCAUCCACCUCCUCCCCACGUGCCCCAUUAUAUUCACCCCCACCCUGCUUUGCUUCCCCACCCCCCUCAUCCCGUCUACCCUCCGGUUCCCGGAACGGGAGAAAUCCCACCACAGUUCAUUCAUCAGCAUCCACCACCCCCAUCGCCUCAUCUUUACCAAGAUCAAGAGUCCCGUUCCCACAGCAGAGCAAACUUUGUUCAGCGAGACGAAAGGACUGUCAAAAUGCAAGAACACCUGAAGAAGAGGCUAAAAGACCGACAGGCCAGCGGACAUACGAAUAACAAGGCCAAGAGCCCCCCUUCCUCACCUCACAAAACUAACAACUCCUCCGGCACCAACGUUCAGAACGGCUACGGAAAGGGACAGCCGGGCACCGUAGGGCAAAUCAAACAGAAGCACGUAGGGAAAACCCGGGGAAGCCCCAUCCCUUCAGCCGAUUCAGGAAUGGGAGAAUCUGACACAGAGUCUAGAAAAUCUGAAGAACUCUUGAGCUUCAGUAAGCCUACCGUCUCUGAGGUACAGGCACGUUCAGCAGUUAUUUCCUGGAAUGCCCCAGCUGCAGCCCAGAAUGAAGAAAGCCAGAGCCUCCCUCCUGAAGCUUUUACUUUUGAAGUUGCAAUCUCGAAUAGCGGUAAAAAUGGAAAAUUUAAAUCCCUUUACAGUGGUGAGGAUGUAACUUUUACUCUGUCUGAACUCCGGCCAGCAACUGAUUAUCAUGUCAGAGUUUCGGCAUCGGGUCAUUCCACCAAGGAAUCUGUUUCAGAGCUGAUGAGUUUUACUACCCAGAGUUGUGAACCGGAUCCUCCAGCUGCACCAAAAGUAGUCAACAAAACCAAAAACAGCCUGACUUUACAGUGGAAGUCCUCCAAUGACAAUGGGUCCAAAAUAACUAGCUACCUUUUAGAAUGGGAUGAGGGGAAGACGGGAGCCUUCAAAGAAUGCUACUACGGACAUCUAAAGCAGCACAAAGUCACCAAGCUGUCCCCCUCUACCAAAUACGCGUUCAGACUAGCAGCCAAAAAUGACAUUGGCAUGAGUGGGUUUGGCGAGACGUUGGUCUGCUUCACCAUCGGAGUUGUCCCCCCACCGCCCCUCCCACCCCAGCUAAGUAAGGCAGGCGUGAACUGGCUGUCACUCAAAUGGGGGCCUCCCAACGGCAUGACUUCGGACGACUCUCUGACGUACAUUUUGGAAAUGGAAGAAGAAGGUUCGGAUUAUGGCUUCCAAGCAGGGUACAAUGGAGAUGAGCUUUCUUGCACUUUAAGUGACCUUAGAAGAAACACUUCCUAUAAAUUUCGGUUGUUUGCUCACAACACGGAAGGGAAAAGUGGGGCCAGUGAAGUUGUGGAGUUUAGCACAUGCCCUGACAAGCCUGGGCCUCCGAGUAAACCAGCUGUAAAGGGAAAAAUCCAUUCCCACAAUGUGAAAGUUACUUGGGACCCACCAAAAGAUACUGGAGGAUCAGAUAUUUCUUCAUAUAUCUUAGAAAUUUCCGAAGCCACUGCUGGCAGUAAAUGGGAAAUCGCCUAUAAAGGUUCCACGAGAGAACAUGUAUGUGCCCAUCUCAAGCCUGGCAUUUCCUACAGGCUGAAGGUGUCCUGCGUUAGUAGAGGGGGACAAAGUCAGCCAUCUGAUGUCCUCACUGUCCAGACCUCAGCUGUUCCCCCUGGGCCCUGUCAUCCUCCGUGUCUGUCUGGCAAAGCCAAGCCUAAGGAAAUGACUCUGCAGUGGGAUCCUCCUUCCGUAGAUGGGGGCUCAGAGGUAUCGGAAUACCUUCUAGAAAUGGCAAACAGCGAGCAAGAAGAACACCGGCAAGCCUACCGGGGCCAAGCUUUGGAAUGCACCGUGAAUGGACUUCUUCCCGGAAGAACCUACUGCUUCUGGAUACGGGCAGCCAACAAAGCAGGGCUCGGCCCUUCCUCAGAAAAGGCAGAGAUCUCUACAGCUCCAGGGCCCCCUGAUCCAUGUUUCACCCCCCUCUUAACGUGCAAAACUGCUACUUGUAUAGUAGCUACGUGGGAGAGCCCGCCGUGUAAUGGGGCAGAAGUUAGCGAAUAUAGACUGGAAUGGGGACAAAUGGAGGGAUCUAUGCAUAUAGUCUAUACUGGCCCUCUGCUGUGCUAUGAAGUGAAGGGACUUUCCCCUGCAACUACUUAUUAUUGCAGAGUACAGGCUGUGAAUCUGGCUGGCCCUGGACUAUUUGGGGAAAUCGGCACAGUGACGACCCCAGCUUCAGUGCCAGCUGCGGUGGCAGUAUUGAACCUGCUUGACGAAGAUCAGCUGGAAGGCCCUCUUCCCCUCUCCACGUGCCUUGCUCUUCACUGGGAGGAGCCUUGCUGCCAUGGGGCAGAGAUCAUUGGCUACCACAUAGAGUAUGGGGAGAAACAGGCCUUAACGGUCAACAGAGUCACAAGCCAUGUCCUAGAGAACCUGCAACCUGACACUUUAUACAGAAUCCGAAUUCAGGCCUUCAACAGUCUUGGAACUGGUCCUUUCAGUCCAUCCAUCAAAGCGAAAACCAAGCCUUUACCUCCGGAUCCUCCGCACCUGGAAUGCGUGGUCUUCAGUUACCAGAGCCUUAAGCUGAAGUGGGGGGAAGGUCCUAGCAGGGCUUUAAUUGCCAACCCCACCCAGUUCAAUUUACAGAUGGAAGACAGGCUGGGCAGGUUCAUCACUGUCUACAGUGGCCCCUGCCACACUUAUAAGGUGCAGCGACUUAGUGAAUCUACAACAUACUAUUUUAAAAUCCAGGCAUGCAAUGAUGCCGGGGAAGGGGACUUUUCCGAAGUUUACGCAUUUGCCACAACCAAAUCGCCACCGCCUGCCAUGAAAGCACCCAAAGUCCACCAGCUGGGAGACAAUGUCUGUGAAGUCACCUGGGAGCCUUUACAGCCAAUGAAGGGUGAUGCCAUUGUUUACAUAUUGCAGCUUGCCACUGGGAGGGAAGCGGAUCAGAUCUACAAGGGACCAGAUACUUUCUACCGCGUCUCCAACGUGCAAACAAACUGUGAAUACCGAUUCAGGGUGUGCGCUGGGCGCCAGCAUCAGGACUCCACUGGAUGGCAGGAACUCUUUGGCCCGUACAGCCCAAGCACCGCCUUCUCAUCUCAAAAGCAGGAGCUGCUUUCUCCGUCUUCGGAGCCGGCUCCGGAGCUCCUGAAAAGCAAGCGGAAGCCCCUCAGCGACGAACAGUUUGCGUUCCUGCUCCUUGUCAUCUUCGCCACGGUUGCCAUUUUGUUUGCCGUUAUCAUUCAGUACUUUGUGAUCAAGUAAGUCACGAGAAGCGACUUCAUCACUCAGCUUAUAAUUUUUCAUAUGGAAGUUUUACGCCUUGGGUAUUUAUGUAAAUUCCAAUUAAAAUGCUAGCUGGGAACGAUGGAAUUAAAAAAAAAAGACACCCAUUUCCAAUUUUUUGCUGCUGAGUAACAGGUUGGAUGGACAGGAUGCCUUCCCCCCCCCUCUCCUCCCCGUCACCACCUUCCCCCUUCAGGGGGGUGGGGGGGUGGGCGAAGCAACCCGGGGGAGAGGAGGAAGGGCAGAACUGACGCGAAGAACAUCCCUAGGACAGCACGGUGGUGCAUCUUCUGAUCAGGGUUAGCUGUUGAAAACAGCAAAAAAAACAAAAAAAUGCUGCCUUAAUUCUCAAGAGUUUUGACUUAAUUUUCACAGUAAGUCCUGAAUUCUCAAGCCCAGAGAGAAGGGGGGCAGGGGGGUGGCAGGAGACGAGCCCUGGCAUUUGGGGACCAUGAGAUGUAGCAGCAAAGAUGCUUACGACGCUUAAAAAACCCGACAGUCCUGUAUUCUAGGAUGUAGCAGGAAGAAACCAGCUCAGAUAUGCUGUAGAUAAAAAAAAAUCCCUACUCAAAUGACUUUUAGAGAUAGCGCAAUGUUAAUUUUUCCAGUUCUUUUAACGGGGGAAUGUGUGUCUGUGUGUGUGGGGGGGGGAUGGGACACACUCUCCCUUCUAGGGCAGCAGCCGUAGCAGGCGUGAGCUUUUUGAGUUUUUAAAUCUACAGAGUCCAAGGUGUCCAAUUCACCUGGGCGCAGAGGGAUUUGCAUUGGUCUUGAAAUGUGGCGAGAGGGCCUCCCUUCCCCCCCCCCCACUUCCGGAAAUGUCCCAUUUCUGAUCGAGAUGCUUUCUCUCUCGUUGGUUUAAAAAAAUAAAAAAAAAACUCCAAACGGUUGGCCCAACUCAACAUCUCCUCUCUGUGCCUGAGAGACUUAAGAAACACCCUGUGCUUCUGACUUUAAAGAGAGAGAGAGAAAAAAAUUAAACCACUGCAGCGUUGGUUUUCUUUGUUUUCCAAGGGGAAAAAAAAGCACAGCAUUUUUUUUGUCUUUAAUGAGAACAAAAAAAAAAAGUGCAUUUAUGAUAAAUGUUUCACUAUUUGGCUCAAACUGAGCAAAAAUGUUUUUUGUACUAUUCUUAACAUGGAAUUAAAAAAGUCGACUCUCUGGGGGAUUUUUUUUUUUUUUAGUUGUGUUUCUCGGGGCCGUCUUCUAACGUCAUCCGCUUGAUUAAGUCAUGUGUGAAAAUUACUUCCCCCGCCUCCUUUCUCUCCCUCCCCCCCCCCCCCCCAAAAGGUUAGGUCUUAAGUUUUAACAUAAUUGUCACCUCUUCCAUAGCAGUUCCGUGUUCCACUGUUUGGUCUUGUGAGAUUCCCAGUCUUUUCCUUUUGUGAUGGAAAUUUCAAUAACAUCUCACAGCUUCGGGUUCACUCAAGUUUUCUUUUCAUUUAUUUUGGGUGGGUUGGCAAGGGUGGGAGGGCGAAUAUCAUGCACUACAGAGGAACUGUUCUGUGUAAGGCCUCUGCAGCAAAUACCUGUAAAAUAAAAGUAAUUAAACAUUGUCUUUACAGUCAUGCUACUUUGAAAGCUUGGAAACCAUCCAUUUUGUUCUUUGGAAGAAGAAACUGAAGAGAGAGAGAGAGAAAGAGGGAGGGAGAGAGAGAGAGGGAGAGAGAGAGAGAGAAGAUUAGGCAUUUUGUUGAGUUUUCCAUAUUGAUAGGGACCGAAAAGUUCCACCUUACAAAACAUCCGAAUGCUUUGUACUUGUAUAUGGAAAAGUGGACGUAACUUGUAAAACUCAUGUUUAGCUUGAAACAUGUCUGUUUCCAAAACAACACAACUGGCUUGUUAGUUCAUCAUGAUAGCUUAUGGUUUGUGGCAUUGUGUUUGCAUUUAACACCUGGGGGAAAACACACACUCUCACACAACUACACACACACACAUGCACACACGUAAAUGAUAUCAUAUCACUAUCUUUAAAGUAGAUUUAUGGUGCAAUCUGAAAUUUUAUCUUUUUUCCCCUCCAUAAAAUGUACUCUCCCCUUUUAUGUGAUCUAUUUAUUUUGAUUUAAAAAGAAAUUCUGGAAAAAAAAUGUAUGUUUGAAUGUAUUGUUCUACUUGUAGCAGAACUUUUUAAGUUAAUCAUUUGUUGUAAUGGAAGCCUCUGCUCAGUGUUGAAAAGAGUUUUAUACAAAUGUUUGUGUCUUUAGUUUGCAGGAAUGUUUACAACCUGUUCUCCUUCAUUUCGUUUCAUACUUCACUUUUUUAUAAAAUAAAAUAGAUUUGUCUUCGGCAGAUUUUUGUUGCGAAAGUGACAAAGACAAAAAUAGAGAUGUGGGGAGAGAGAAAUCUCACCGAAUUGGCAGCAGUGUGAGAAAUACAUUUUUUUUAAAAAAUUAGAUUUUCUGAAUAAAAUACUAACCAAAAUUAUGACUUCCUAGAAAGUUAAAUCUUUAAUUUGUAUUUGUAAUUGCCACAAAAUGUUUAUUAUAUUUCCAGGAAGUUUACUGGAAAGCAUAAUGUAGAAUUUUAUAUUUACAGCUAUACAUUCCAGAUUUGAUGUACCUAGUGGCAUUAAUGUAUUAGGUCUCCUUUUUCUCUUGUAUUGUAAUUUUUGCCGUAUUUCAUACUUAUGUUAAACCUGCCAGGCAUCGUAUUACUAAAUUGUAACUAUCAAAUAGAUAAUAUAUUUAAUAUGGCCAAUAAAAAUAAAAUAAAAAUGUUCACA